CUCUGAAGUCACAAUAUAUACCUAUCUCAAUCCUUUUCUUAUAGUUUGCUUAGAUAUCUAUCUUUGGUCCAUGGAGGGUUCGUCCAAAGGGUUGAGGAAAGGUGCAUGGACUGCUGAAGAAGAUAGUCUCUUGAGGCAGUGUAUUGGUAAGUAUGGAGAAGGCAAAUGGCAUCAAGUUCCUUUAAGAGCUGGGCUAAAUCGGUGCAGGAAAAGUUGUAGACUAAGAUGGUUAAACUAUUUGAAGCCAAGUAUCAAGAGAGGAAAAUUUAGUUCUGAUGAAGUUGAUCUUCUUCUUCGUCUUCAUAAGCUUCUAGGAAAUAGGUAUAAUUUACUUUAUUCUACUUAUUUAACGAGCAAUAAGUCUAAUACUAGUAACUCGUAUGUAUACGUAGGUGGUCCUUGAUUGCUGGUCGAUUACCUGGUCGGACCGCUAAUGAUGUCAAGAACUACUGGAACACCCAUCUGAGUAAGAAGCAUGAACCGUGUUGUAAAACUAAGAUAAAAAGGAUAAAUAUUAUAACCCCUCCUAAUACACCGGCCCAAAAAGUCGAUAUUUUUUAGCCUCGGCCUCGAUUCUUCUCUAUAAAAACCGGCUGCAACCAUCUCGAUGGACAGUCUGAAGUUGGUGUAAUUCCUCCAUGCCUUGGACUCGACAACGAUAAUGUUUGUGAAAAUAGUAUCACAUGUAACAAAGAUGAUGAGAAAGAUGAUUUUGUGGAUAAUUUUAUGGUUGGAGAUAAUAUAUGGUUGGAGCGUUUGCUAGACGAGGGCCAAGAGGUAGAUGUGCUGGUUACAGAAGCGGCGGCAACAGAAAAGGAGGGCACUUUGGCGUUUGACGUUGAGCAACUUUGGAAUUUGUUCGAUGGAGAGACUGUGAUCUUUGAUUAGUGUUUAUAAACGUUUGUGUUCUCUUGUUUGUGAGGUUUCUCUAUUUAAUUUAGUAUCUAUUUUCUAAAUUAACUAAUAUCUUAUAGUAUUUUAGGCAAACCUUAUGUUUCCGUUUCUGUGUGAGUUUACAUUUUGU